AAAAUGGGAAUUAUAGAAGCACAUAAUGUAAGGAUUGUGGGGAAAGGAGAGCAAGUUGUUGUCCUAAGUCACUGUUGUGGAACUGAUCAAUCUAUCUGGAAAUAUUUAGUGCCUCACCUUGUUGAAGAUUAUCGAGUAAUUUUAUAUGAUAAUAUGGGUUCUGGUACUACUAAUCCUGAUUAUUUUGACUUCGAAAGAUAUUCCAGUAUCGAAGGUUUUGUUUAUGAUUUGCUUGCCAUAUUGGAUGAACUAAAGAUUAGAUCUUGUAUUUUUGUUUCUCACUCAUUUUUUAGCAUGGUAGGCGUCAUUGCGUCCAUUUCUCACCCAGAUCUCUUCUCUAAACUCAUCAUGCUCUCGCCUACUCCUAGAUUAUUGAAUGACAAGAAUUAUAACGGAGGAUUUGAGCAAGAAGAGAUGAACCAAAUGUUCGAAGCAAUGAGUUCUAAUUAUAAAGCAUGGUGUUCAGGAUUCGCGCCAAUGGUGGUCGGUGGCGACAUGGACUCUGUACAUGUACAAGAAUUCUGUCGAACUCUAUUCAAUAUGAGACCUGACAUAAGCCUAAGUUUAGCUCAUGUUAAAUUUUCUUCAGACAUUAGACAUCUUUUAACUAUGGUUAAGGUCCCUUGUCAUAUUCUGCAAGGUAAAAUGGACAAGGUUGUACCGGUGGAGGUGUCUGAAUAUCUACAUCAAACUCUCGGCGGCCCAUCAAUCGUUGAGCUCAUGCCUACCAACGGUCACUUGCCGCAAUUGAGUUCGCCGGAGGUUGUAGUUGCAGUAAUUGUCAAGCACCUUCGCCUUGAUAUAACUCAAUAACAUACACAAUAAGUGUAUUUUGUUCGUUAGAAGUAUAAAAUUAAAAUAUAAUUGGAUAGCAAAAAUGUAAUUGAUGUUUAGGGAAUGCUCGGCAAAAAGCUCUUUAAGUAGUUUUGCUAUUUUACGUAGUUUUAACAUUGCAUUU